AUGAGUCAUAUGGGGUGGUCGUUUGGUCAUCGACAUGACUAUAUUGAGCUUGUUGGUCCCGAGAAGAAGUCGAGCAGAAGAGCUUCAAUGGAUGUCGAAUUAUUGCGAACACCAAAUUUUCCUUCACCGCCUUCAAUAUCAUUACCACCACUCUCAAAUUUUCGAGCAAACCGUCUCACACGUCAAAAACGUUCAACUAAUUUACGAGCAUUUAAACGACAUUUGGAUCCAUUUUUUGAGGAUACCGAGAGCUUUUAUGACACUAGUGGUAGUUGGGAUAAAUUAGAUGUUGACUUCGAUCAUAAACACUCAGCUGUCAACCGCAUCGAUGGAGAAGGACAGAAGGCAAUAAAGGGCAGCGAUUCGAUUUUAAUUGAUCGUAGCCAAACAAAAUUCACAAUCGAUCACCAGUGUAGAAGCGAUUGUCGGUGUGAGUGUAGUACGCCAAGUUCGUCGUCACAACCGACGGAAGUCGACGUCGGCAUCAGGCAUCGCCGCUGUACAUCACUCAAACAAGGACCGCGAAACGCUCUCCGACCGCAGCUUAGCCUUCCGCUCCGGCUAUCCAACGUCACCAACGGUGCGGACAAGGAAUUGGCUGGAGCGGUUGGCGGUGGCUCGGUGCGUCGGAAGAGCCGUACUUGCCGUGACGAGGAGACACUGUCGACGUUGUUGACAUCUUCGGAAGGCGGCGACCAGUUGGCGGCCGGCUCCGAGCAGCGGCCGCCAGCCGGUAGUGCCGCCGGUUCUAGCGAAUGUGUGCCGGACUUUGGAGCGCUCAGUGAUGGCCUCAUUCUUCCUGAAACUAACGCUAGUCGGGAUAUGAAAAUUUUCAAACGGGUUUUACGUGAUCCAAAGCUUCGGCAACCUUUUCAAUUAUUUCUUGAACAACAAUUUUGCGCUGAAAACCUAAACUUCUACGUAGCAGUGGAACGGUUUCGGGAUAUGCAAUUUAACGAUGAAAGCAAAGCUUCAGAACGUGCCAGUUUUGCUCGACACAUCUAUGAGAGACAUUUUGCUGCUAAUAGUACGGAACCUGUAAAUGUGGAUAACUCUACAAGUAAACGGAUUCGAGAAACUAUGCAAGCAGGCAAAUAUCCUCGGAACACAUUUGACUUAGCUCAGUAUCAGAUAUUUCAUUUGCUCAAAUAUGACUGUUGGCCUCGGUUUUUACGUGCGGGUGGUGUACAGCCGGAAUUCUCCGACGAAGAAUUAGCUGAGGAGGAUGAACGGCAGCAUAGACUUGAUAUAGGAGAAGAUUUGCCGGAAGGUCACGGGACACGCGCGACAAGCGAGAGUGAGCGACAGCCGUCUACAAGCUUGUCCACGUUGUGUUCGGAGCGGAAAAAGUUUACUGACAAGGAGAAACUUCGUUCUUUGUUGUGGCACGGGUUCGAUCGGUUCUCACGCAAACUUCGUCGCGAGCCGGCUGCUCGUUCCAGCACUGACGCCGACUCGCCGGUAGCGCCGCGUUUUCAUCAUCAGUCGGUGCAUCGUACGAGCAGUUCACGAGCAGCCGACGAGCCACGUCGUUCAUACUCUUCUGAAGAGAAUGAUAUGACAAUGCAGUCUUCAUCCACGUCUGCACAACGACCCGUCGGUUCGGUCGGCUCGAAACGAAGGCAUAUGUUCGCCACCGCCGGGAAGCAAUUUUCGAUGCCCGCCGAGAUGUCAAUUGCACCAUCACCGCCUCGUCACCCACCACCACCUCGUGUCGAACCGAAACAUUGUCGUUUAAUGACUGGCGAUACUUGUAGCACUGAAUUGGUGGAAUUAAAUGAUCCAACGAUAUCUGUACGACAAUGGACGCAAUGUACGGCGGCAAUGUUGGGUAUGGAUAAAAAUGCAUGUGAGGCUGUAGAUGCGGAGACAUGUAACACUAUUGAUCCGGCAAGACAAGCGAUCGAUGCGCUACAAUCUCGAUCCGUUCGUAUUGUACCGGUUGUUACAUUUGCUGUAGAAAUUCUUCCACCAAAUUAUUCAUUCAAAAAUCCUAGCAGUACACCAACAAAAAUUAUAAUGGUACGAGCCCGACAAUCGUUAUCGGCCGGUGGUGUACUGAGACCAUUAUUGAGCAAAUAUUCGAUCGAUUAUAACACAGUGACAGUUGUGUUUAGCGGUACAUUGGAAACAAUACGAAAUUCUGUUUCCAUAGGGAAUAUUGGUACAAGAAGUCUUACUGUUAUGAGUCAAAGUCAAUAUAAUGAACGAACUCAUGGCGGUAAAAAAGAUGUGCCUACACCAAAGGAUCCUAUUGCCACCUCACCGAAUUUGGCUGCCGAGCAUAAUUUGCAAUUUCAUCAACACGGUGAUAUUUCAUAUUGUGAACUACCGAGUGAAGCUGAUCGACUGAAACAUGCUCAAAAGGAACACUCGAUAAGCUUGAUGAAAUUUGUUCGUAAAGCAUCAGCAGCUGUGACAAAUAAAGAGGAACCCGUACGAACGAUUGGUCAAAGAAUUCCAAGUCGACGGAAAUCGGUGGGACAAGGAACUAGUGCUGGUGUAUACUGUGGCGAAGAAACUCCGACGGAACCACCGAAGGAGCCAAUCCGAAAACGUUUGAGCCUCUUUAAAAAUAAAAGCAAGGAUUCGCCACACGAUCGUCCAUCGACUAGCGCUGAUCGUGGAUCGACUUCCGAAAGUCCACGAAUUCAAACACGUGAAAGCAGCGCAUCAACACCAUUACGACAGUCAACCGCUGUAGCUUCACCACCAUCACCUGCUUUAUCGGCAGUAUCGCCGACGGGAACAUCCUCAAAAGCACCGGCAAGUCCACGGACCUCAAACGGUGAUACACCACGUACACCGGCAAUAUUCUCAUCAAAAGUAUGCAGUGAGGGUGAGGAAGUGAUGUCAAAUGAGCGUGGUUGGCAAACAGCUGCCUAUGUAUGA